AUGGAACCGCCCGGGCGGCAAUCGGCGCGGUUAAGAGAAAAAGCGGAAAAGAUUCGCACUCGUCCCGACGCCGAGGAGGAGACCGAGGAGGCCAAGUCGACGCAAUCUUCAACAUCCAAUCAGUGGCAGAUGUUUCGGUCGCAGCUGGCCCCCAACCGCCCUCUUCAUGCUGACGAGCCCGCUCUGCCCGACGCCCUCCUUGGAGCGGGUGGCCCCGGGCUUGAGGACCAUGUGUCUCCGCCCCAGUCCACGGACCUUCCUGCCGGCAGCAACGACGGGCUGAGGAACGUCCUCAAUAAGCAACUCCUGGAGUUAGAGGAGAUGUUAUUAGAAUCCAACCAGGAGAAGGAAAUGGCAAAACAAGCUAGCGCCUGUUUCCCUCCGGCCGGAUACUACCAAAGCAUCGACGGCACACUUUGCCGCCUGGCUGGAGGCCAGGCACAGCAGCCGUCGCGGCGGGCGGGCGGUGCAGCGGCUGGCGGGGUGCUGGCUGGCGGGCUUUGGCAUUCUCUCGGUGACAUGCUCGCGGCACAAAUCAAGUGCGGUCCCAUCGGCCUCAGUAUGCAAGGACAGCACCAGCUGUCAUCGCGGUGUGCGGGAGCGUCUGGAGCGGCGGGGCUGGCGGGUGGUGCAGCGGCGGCAGCGGCUGGUGGUGCAUCGGCUGCCUGGCCUUGGCCCCCCAUCAAGCGGGAGCCCGACAUGCAAGAGGCCAUCAUCGUUAGCGACAGCGAUGACAGCCCGCCCCCUUGCAUGGCGGGAGGACAGCACCAGCUGUCGUCGCGGUGUGCGGGAGCGUCUGGAGCGGUGGGGCUGGCGGGUGGUGCAGCGGCGGCAGCGGCUGGUGGUGCAUCGGCUGCCUGGCCUUGGCCCCCCAUCAAGCGGGAGCCCGACAUGCAAGAGUCCAUGAAUAUCAGCUACAAUAGCGUGCCCCUUCGUGUGGGAAUCGGCCGGCAACAGCAAUCAUCCCAGCGUGCAGGUGGUGCAGCCACGGGGCCGGCUGGUGGUGCAGCGGCGGGUGGUUCAGCGGCUUGUCCGGCGGGUGGUGCAGCGGCUCGCGGGGGAGCAGCGGGAGCGGCUGGCGGUUCAGCGGCUGGCCGGGCUGGGCCCAUCAAGCACGAGCCCUGUGCUCAAGGACUGGCAGAGAAUGACGGCCGGCCAGUGUUGUCUCCUGGGGCUCAUACGGGAAGGAGAGCGUGUCAAGUCAGAGCUGAUCAAGCAGUUCCAGGCUGCUGGUGGAACACCACCACAUGGGUGGCGGAGACCGGUGUAGCCGACGAGUCCAUUGCAGCCUUCUUCCGGGCCGUUGAGGACGGUGUUGCCCAUUUGCAUGCACGUCAACGAAAAAGCAUGCUUGUGUACAAUGAGGCAUGGAAGAGGUACAAGCACGGCAAGCCACUCAAGGCCACACUCGACUCGAAGCACAACAAGAUCAUGCAGCUUCAGAUUCAAUACCUGGCUUUUUUCCUGGAGUGCCUCUGGGCCCUCAUGAUGCACCCACCGCCCAACUCGGACGAGUGGUGCAACCCGACGAGGUGGUGUUUCUUUUACCACGUCGCAGUGGAGGGUGCCUGCCACUGGUCGCCCCAAAAUCACAUCGGCAUUCUGAACAUCGCGCUGCUAUACAUGCCGGUCAGCACUAUCAACACACCAGACGACAACAGCUUGCCGGCGCUGUACAGGGAGGUGGGCUUCAUGGUAAAGGGCCAGAAGGACACCAAGAAGCCCUUGAGCCAGUACAAUACAUUGCAGGAGGUCUUGGCCGGUCUGGAACUGAACGUGACCGAGCAUGUGGACAGCGUGCUCGUGGGGCUGCCGUGGCCGCCGGGCUGGCCUGUCGUCUGGGGACCCCAGCAGCGUGGCACUGAUGGCGAAAGGCUCGUCAGCACGUUCUCCGUGGUUGUACUGGAUGGGGGUCUGGCGCGCCCAGCGAGCCUACUCGGCUCGGGCAAACUGUUCAGCAAGAUUCCGUAUGUCAGCGCACUGCGGGUCUUCAAGGACAAGGCGACAAUCGUGGAGAUGGAGGUCUAUGCACGCAAGAACGUGCUGUCCCUGCGCAAGGAAGAUGCCUGGUGGUCGACGCCUUGCAGCGACCCGUCUGCCUGGGAGCCCCCGGCCCUCCCAGGACCGGACAAGGUGUACAGCGAGGUCUUCAAGCUGACGGGGCUGGCCGACUGA